AUGACCAGACCCCAGAUUAUUCGAGCUGAUACCUUGGACCUUCAGGACCACAAUGCGCCGUCGGCCAAGGAUCACUCCAGGCAACCCGAACAACCAGCUCCGUUGGGGGCCGGCCGGCCUGCCCCCCACCAAGAGCUCUCCAUUCGCCAUGCCGAACAAGAUACGAAAUCUGAGAUUUCGAAUGGACCUGAAAAUGGCCAUGAAUAUCGAGACGGUAUGGGGGCCUAUGGGGAAGAUGAAACCGCCGAAGACCUGGAUCGCGAUUACGAGCACGAGGAUGGGGAUCUAGCAGAUGGGGAAAGUGACGAUUUGAUGGAUGAUGAUCUGAUGGACAAAAUCUCCAGCUCCCCUUCGAUUGAUGAUGAGGAUAUCGAUUUUGAAUUCGUCUAUGCACUUCACAACUUUGUCGCAACUGUUGAUGGACAAGCAAACGCUGCCAAGGGUGACACUAUGGUGCUUCUGGAUGACAGUAACAGCUAUUGGUGGCUUGUGCGCGUGGUCAAGGAUGGCAGUAUUGGAUACCUGCCCGCCGAACACAUCGAGACGCCCACCGAACGAUUAGCUCGAUUAAACAAACACCGGAAUGUGGACCUCUCUGCCACAAUGCUGGGCGAUAAUUCCGAAAAGUCCAAAAACCCCCUCAAGAAAGCCAUGCGCCGACGCAACGCAAAAACCGUAAACUUCGCCCCGCCAACAUACAUCGAGGCGUCGGACGUGGAGUUCUCUUCAGAUGAUGACUCCGAACAUGGCGACUUCUUCAAUGACGACGAAACAGAAACGGUUGAAUCGGAAGAGGGCGACAGCCAAGACCAGAGUGAGGAUAUCACGGUGGAACCUCUUCGGCCAAAGGGGCAAAAAGAGCGGCCAGCAGAGACAGAGGUCAGGGACAAGGACGACUCCGAGCGAACAAGCUAUGAGCCCCGACGAUCAAGUGAGGAGUUCUUUGAUGCAGAACAACCUACCGUCAGUCGGUCCAGAAAUGGCACUGUACGGAACACGGAUUCUUUCUUCAAGGAUGACACCGCCGAACCAAAGAAGAUCUCUCUCACACCAAACCUCCUGCGUGAUGAAUCCAAUAGCAACGGCAGCAACUCCAAUAGCCUGCUUAAUGAAUGGAAAGAAGGACGCGGAAGCUUCGAGACUAUCGACAAAGUGUCUAGUCCCCAAGAUAAGGCCAAGGAGGAUAAGAAACGCAAAGAGAAGAAGCCUGGUAUGCUCAGUGGACUGUUCAAGCGCAAGGACAAGAAGACAAAAUCGCCCGAAGAUGACUUUGAAGAGUUUAUCACAUCACCGACCGAGUCCACAUUCAGUCAAUCGAAGACAUCCAUGGAGUCAUUUGAUUCGAAGACAUCCAAAUCUAGACAGACAGGCAACAAGUUGCAGAAAUCGGCAACAAUCUCUCCUACAUCGACGGAAUCAGGUGGUCAGUCUAUCCGACGGGUGGCAUCACAGGAGACAACUAGUUUCGAGGAACCUCGAACCGUAGCUUCCCCCAACAGCCAACGAAGUCCUUCGAAGGAAAGCUUUGUCACUCCAAUGGAGUCUCAAGAUCCAUUUGCAUCCCCAGUGGAGCGACCAUCUAGCGAAGCCCAGUGGAGAGGCACAUACGAAGCUCCUAGCCAGACCACUUCGCAGCCUUCCGUGGCAUCUCCGCCUCAACGGUUUGUGCCAACACUGGUGACUGCCCGCCCGGAACCCGAACUCGAACCAGAAUCCCCGGUCAGUGUCUCCCCGAUGGAAGGACAUAUUCCGAUCCUUGCGCCGGGACUCUCCUCGGAUGCUGUACGGGCACGUUCUAUCUCACCUCUCUCCCCACCGUCGUCACCUGAAGCCGACACUCACGACCUCAAAAGUAGCGGAGCUACCCCUGGCUCACUGGACACGCUUUCAGUGGACACUCCAACGUGGAGUGAUGCCAGUCUACGAUCAUACCUGGACGAAGAAAACGAUAUUCGCGACCUGUUCAUUAUUGUCCACGACAAAACCAACAUUCCCCCAGCCGGUGUUGACCACCCUGUCACUGGCCGCCUCUUCAAAGAAGAAAGCAAGAGGCUGAAAGAGAUGAAUAAUCAACUUGACGAUAUGCUUGUGCAGUGGAUGGCCCAGCGCAAUCGACGGUCCAGUUCGGUACGAAAUGUCCAGAGCUCAAGUGUAUAG